UCAUCCUCUGCUCUCAUUCAGAAGCCAGCAGAGAGGACAGUCACAGGCCUAUUGUCUGUGUCUUUCUGACAAACAACAUGGACAGGUCUUAUACAGCCUACAGUGGCUAUGAUGGUAAACCUUUAUCUUAUGCUGGCAGUGCAUAUGAUGAGAAGACAGCCCAACAGUAUGCAGACUCGGUGCAAGCGGAUACAGAGAUGUGGGAGAGAAAGGACAGGAAAGAGGCUAUUUGCUGUGAGGUGGUGGCUCUGGCCAUUGGCUUUAUUGGCCUUAUUGGUGUAGCUGCUGUGACUGGCUUACCAAUGUGGAAGGUGACAGCUUUCAUCGAGGAAAACAUAAUUGUCAUGGAGACACGUUGGGAGGGCCUGUGGAUGAAUUGCUACAGACAGGCCAACAUUAGGAUGCAGUGCAAGGUGUAUGACUCUCUGCUUUAUCUGCCCCCAGACCUGCAAGCAGCUAGGGGCUUGAUGUGCAGCUCUGUGGCUCUCACUUCUUUUGCGCUCAUUGUUUCUGCUGUCGGCAUGAAGUGCACAAAAGUUGUGGACCACCGUAAACGCACCAAGCAUGUGGUUCUGGUGGCUGGGGGUUGCCUGUUCCUGAUGGGCUGUAUCACCACCAUCAUCCCAGUGUCUUGGACCGGCCAUGUCAUCAUCCAGGAUUUCUAUAACCCCCUGCUGAUUGAUGCCCAGCGCAGAGAGCUGGGGGAAGCUCUUUACAUCGGGUGGGUGACGUCCGCCCUACUCUUCGUUGCUGGGGUCAUCCUGCUGUGUCGCCAUGCACCCCGCACUAACGAGGAAGAGGAGAGGAUGGUUUAUAACCCAAAUGCAAACAUGUACCUGCCUGGAUAUACAUACCAACCCUACACAUACCAGCCUGCAUAUUCCUACCAGCCUGCAUACUCUGCCCCACCACCUGGCUCUGUGGUUUACACCCCCAACCCCCAGUACAUGUGAGGGAAAUCAAGCUCACAAAACAGAGAUUGAGUUGAGUAUGCCUACUUCAAUCCCCAUUCAUUUUCUUUUCCAGAGUGCAGCAUUGUCUGGACUUUUUGUUACCAAACUUAACUUAAUGAUGAUAAAAUUGUCUCCAAUGAUCUCACAAAUAAACGGUUUUCAACAUAUGCUAUGUCAAUCAAUGAAAAUUAGAUAAGUCAAGUGUUUCAAAACCCUUAAGAAUUGUUUUACUGUCAGUAAGACCCUGUUAAGAAUCUGCUCUUUGUUAACAUUACAAGCACUAGGCUUAUUCAAAUGUCUAAAGGUAACGUUUCAUUUUAUUGAAUAUUUUCUUUAGCAUUUUCUUUUUUGUAGCACUGGCCAAAACCAGGUCUACUGUGGUUUGAAAUAAAAAGAAAAACAUUUGUAGAAA